AAGAGAAACUAAACGACUAAACCCAAGGCCCGACCGGCCGAGGAAACGACCCAAUCGGUGGAGCCAUCCACAUUCCACAGCCAUCGCGCCGCCCCCCGAUGAACGGCGGAGUAGAUACGACUCCUCCUCCUCUCUCGCUCCGUCACUCGACUCUCUCGUUGCUCCUCCACCCUGCAACCCAACUCUCCCGUCUCCCGCUGCCUCUGCUCCGCCUCGCAGCCGUUGAGCGGCGAGAUGCUCCACUCUAGGCGGCAUCUGCAUCAUCUUUCUCGAUUUGCCUACGGAUGCAAGGUCAUGCCAAGCAUCAUUGGAGUAAAAAAUGAGAAGAAUAAGAGUAAGUUCGACUGGCACUGCCACUUCUCUUAUGCUAAUGAUUCUUUCUGCACCUCCAACUAUACCCUGGCCAAGCAAUUUUCCAUUAUAAAAGGUAUGUGUAGGUCACACAUGAGGCUUUUCUCGAAAAAAACAAAAGAUAUGUGGUGGUUUACUGAAGGUGUCAGCGAUAACUGUCCCACUGUUGAUGUACAUCCUGCAACAAUAUUAGAAGGCAGUAGCCACCGUGAUGGUUCUAUAUACAAGUUUUGCCCUGGUUUUAUCCAAGUAUUUCAAAUUGCUGAUCGUCAUGAGACUUGCUUGGAGCCGAUGAUGCUUUCACAACCUAUGGACUGUCAACCUAAUAGGGAUACAUGCACUGUGCAUUUUUCAACUCGCAUGAUGCAAAUUUUCUCAAUUAAGUUGGCUAAAAUACAUAUGUAUAGUGGCCCAGUACAGAUAUAUGGGUACAUAGCAGUGAGAGAUCAUCUUGAUUCAAUGCUUAAUUAUGUUGUGAAUCGUAGCAGGGAUGAUCCCAUCAUCGUGAAGCAGGGUUCUUGCAUUGAAAUGAUUGGCCCUAAGCGAGGCAUUUCGAUGUCUUGUUCUGUUGUUCUGAGUUUGACAUGAGGAUAAAAAAAGGAGAUCGAGAAGAGGAUGAUCUAGAACUGAUUGAUGGAGCAUUAGAGUACAGCCAGAUAACAACACCAGCAAUGAGACCAAUGACAAGUCGCGUUAGUGGCAAUUGUGGCGCAGUUGACAUCACUUUAGCGUACCUUUACCAGGCAGUGGAGGCAACAAUAGAAGUUUCCAUAUCAAAAGUGCCUAGGGGGUUUCAAUUUAUCUCUGAGUGUGUUUGUUCUUAUUGAUAAGGUACGACAAGAAAUUCAACUCUUUGAUGGCAUGGUUGGCGAGCCUUGUGGCUUAAGAAGGUAUGUGGUCGUAGUAGCGUCGGAUACCUGGAUGCAUUUGAAGUUCAAGGUAUGUGAAAAAGGCUCUAAAAAUGAUGUUGGUCACUACUGUUCCUUCAAAGCAAACCGCCAUGGAUUUGCCAGUCAACAAAUAGUUGUUGAGCCUGGAGCUAUCACAGUGAAGGUGAAUUGGUCUGUUAUCCCUCUAUAUCUGUAUGUGUCGCACUUGCUGAAUAUGACUUAACUAGUGGUUGGUUUCUAUGCUGAAAGGGAGUACUCUUAGAUAUAUAUGUAUAUUAUCUAGUAGUAUUAUUCAAUUUGAUUGUGGCGUAUAGCAUUGCUUCGUU